AUCACAGACAAAAUGGGACACAAAUGACAAACUGAGCGCACAGAGAGCGGAUCAUCGCGAUUAUUUCAUGCUAAAGCCCCUCCGGAUACAUCGUGCUGAAAAGAGUUGCUGUGAGAGCUCCCUAUGAGGGUGGGUGGGCUUUUCGAUUUCUCCUUUUAAGAGCACAUUUCGGAUCAUCCUGAUGGCCCUGGUGUGAUCUUCAGUCUUUAACACUGCUUCAGAAAUGCUGUUUGUUCAACACUUCAUCUGUCGUUUGGAACUGGUGUGCAGGUGUGGAUUGUUCCUUCGUGGAAAAAAGGAGAUGAAUUCAAUAUCAGGCGAUGUAGAAUAAAUUCAUCUCAACUUGGAUACGCUGGAUUUUUGGAUCAUACCCACGAAACGCACCUCCACCUGGAGACUGGGACGUUCAAAUCGGAUAUAAACAGAAUCUCUACAACAAACCCUGAGCUGGGAAUAAACGAGGACUGAAAAUGCUGCAGUGUGCCGGCUGUGAGAAACCUAUCCUGGAUAGGUUCCUGCUCAAAGUUUUGGACAGACCGUGGCACAUUAGAUGUGUCCUGUGCUGUGAAUGUAAAUGCACUUUGACAGAGAAGUGUUUCUCAAGAGAGGGGAAACUCUAUUGCAAAAAUGACUUCUUCAGGUAGGCUCUGACUUUCAAGGUUUCUUUUUUAUAGUAUUUUGUUUGUUCGUUCAUUUUCAGUCUAACUUAUUAUUGCACAAGAGAGAAAAACAAAGGUCAUUUUCACAAUUUUUAGCCAAAGAAAGAGAAAAGGGACAAAUUAUUUUUUUUUAACAGGUGGAAAAUGAAAGAAAACCAAAAGCUGAUGGGACUCAGGGCCCCAUAGAGUUUAACUCUAUUUGUUUACAUUGUUGGAACUGCUUCUAUAAAUGCAAAUUGUAGUUUUAUUUAUAGUUUUAUUUAUGUAUUUUAUGUACUGUCAGUUUUAGAUGUGUUGAAGAAUAAUCUAUGAAAUACAAAAUACUUUACAAAUCCUCAUUUGAAGCAAAAACACAACAUGGGCCCUUACACCCUUGUGGCAUUUUCCCUGUUAUAAUUAGGCUAAAUCACAGCAGUGAUUUUAUUCUAUUACUACAAAAUUGCGUUUAAUUUAUGGCUAGUUUAUAACUACAUUUACAUUAUAUGUGUGUAUUCUAGCUUUCAUUUGAUUUUGAUUAUUUGCAAACCAAAAAAACACAAGGAACUAUUCUUCAUGGCGACUAAUCUGGAAGUAAAUAAAGCCAACUGAAAGAAUCCAGUUCACAUUGUUAUGAAUGUUUUUUUCUGACUUUUACUCUCCUUCUCUCCAGGAGAUUUGGGACCAAGUGUGACGGCUGUGAUCAGGGUAUUUUACCCAGUGAUCUGGUCCGCAGGGCCAAAAGCAAAGUGUUCCACCUGAACUGUUUCACCUGUGUGAUGUGUAACAAACAGCUGUCCACCGGAGAGGAGCUCUACAUCCUGGAUGAGUUCAAGUUCGUCUGCAAAGAGGACUAUCAAAAUAACAAUGGGAAAGACACAAUACUACUCUCAGGUGAGCAUCACUGGAUCAGCAGGCCUGCGUAAAUGUUUUUAUUUCUUAUUUUUUCGAUAUAAAAGACAAGCGUUUUUUCUUAUAAACUGGUUCAAACAAUUAUUAUUAUUAUUAAAUAAUUCACCAUCAAGCUACUUACAGCUGGGCUCUAUUUUCCUCCUGUAAAUAUCCUCUUUAUUUAAAUACAACAUCCUUACUUUCCCUACAGUUACGACGUGUAGCGACCCAAGUCUGUCUCCGGACUCACAGGACCCCCAGGACGAUGGGAAGGACUCGGAAACAGGACACUUGUCAGAUAAGGAGGUGUGUAACAACGAGAACGACGAGCAGACCGGCGUCGGUAAACGGCGCGGGCCUCGGACCACCAUCAAAGCCAAGCAGCUGGAGACCCUGAAGGCGGCGUUUGCGGCCACGCCGAAACCGACCAGACACAUCCGAGAACAGCUGUCGAGGGAGACCGGGCUCAGUAUGAGAGUAAUUCAGGUAAAAUGAUGCCCGUUAAGAUACAUCUAGAUCUAUAAUCUGAUACUUAUCAGGCAGAUACCUGGUAAAUCCAGAGUUUACGCAGCGUUUACGCAGGUAAUACAGACGUCUCAACUAUCAGGCUUCAACACAGAAUCUGUAUCAGGAUUGUAUCAGUUUCUUUGAACUAUUUUUGAUCGUUUUUAGAAGCUAAACCAUCAAAACGCCCUCAGGGAAUCAGCUCUAAAGACUAUGGUCUAGGUUAUUUCCUCUAUCUUUCGUUCAGAUAUGGUUUUCAAUCUCUUUACCUAUUUAAUGCCCAUAAUCUUCACUCCCACAACGCCCCUAAAACCCUUAAAAGCAAGACCCACUUAGCACGGAUGUCGAUGGAUAUUUUAAGAAAUCUCUUUGGGUGAACUGAUGGAUUGACACAUACUGUAGUUUCCCACAUCUGAGUACCUUUAGAGGGACUAGCUAUGAAAAAUAUAGGCCUAUUGCAAUUUCCGACCUUUUUUAAAUAAGUUUAUUCACCUGAUCCACGUCUUAAUUUUAUGUUAUUUUUCUUGUAAAAUUGGCUGGAAAAGACGCAAAAGUUGACAGUGUCUUUAAACUUCGAACAGGCGAAAUGUCCAAUCUUUACGCAUCAAAAGGCUGCUGUGAUUCUCAUAACUCUGUUGGUGUUACAACAGCAGGCACAAUGCCUUGACAUAUUGCUAUUUCCUGCUUGUGUCAUUUCUGCCACUGCCCCCCCUAACUUCUUUGUCUUUCCUCCAUCGCUUUGUCCUGAAGGUCUGGUUCCAAAACCGGCGAUCCAAGGAGAGGCGCAUGAAGCAGCUGAGCGCACUGAGCGGCAGGAGACACGUGUUCUUCCGCGGCCCGAGAAGGAUGAGGGCGCUGGGGGAGAGACUGGAGGCGGAGGAGUUAGGACACUUCUCCUAUUAUGGAGGUGAGGGAUGUAGGGAUUAGUUAUUUUAUUCAUAUUAAAAGUGAAUCAGCAUAUUUUGUUCAUUGGACAGUUUUUCUUAUUUACCAGUUAGCUGUUAUCUGAUCUUAUUUUAGUCCUUGGGUCUUUGCAUCAAAAAUGUCACGUCAUUAUUUUGACUUCACUAAAUGUUAAAUGUUUAAAUGCUUCUUUGCUUGUUCUAAAAAUUGAUGAAAUUCUUAUAAUCUCAAUCAAUCAAUCAAUUUUUAUUCAUAUAGUGCCAAUUCAUAACAGUGUAAUCUGUGCGUUAAUCUAGGGGUCUCUCUGAAUGCAGAUUUUCCUGGUGAAUAUUACGGCUCAGGAGGGAAUUACGAGUACUUCCAGGGCCCUCCGUCAUCCCAGGCUCAGACUCCAGCAGACCUUGGCUUCGUACCCUCUUCUGUCCCCGCCGGCACCCCAUUAGGAGCAAUAGACCACCACCACGCAGGGCACCACUGUCCUACUGAUGUGCAGUGUUUCUCUGACACAGUAUCCGUCCAUCACCCAGCAGACUCACCCAGUCCAGAGCCCAAUGUACCGGGCUCCAUGCACAGCAUCUCAAGUGAAAUGUGUGGUCCAGGUACGCCUUUUACCUCUGUGUCCCUUAGUGACAACGGAUACACCAACCAGCUGUCACAAACCUCCUCAGACAUGAGCGAAGGCACGGGGUGGUAGUCCUUUGGAAACCCUACGAAAAGGCACACUUUGAUUUUGAAGGCGAACAAACUCUCUUUCAGUAUUAUUUAUGCUCCAUUGUUCAAAUAAUUUAUGUAUGUAUUUAUCUAUUUAUUUAUUUAUCUAUCUAUUUAUUUGCUUGCAUUCCUGUUAAGCCCUAUUUAACUAUUUAUAAAACUCUAUAUUUGUACGUUGGUAUGAUUGUUUAUUGACCUGUCGAUCAAUAGAUUGUUUUAAAUAGUCCACAUGAAUUUGACUCAUUAAUACAUUCACAACACUGGGCCUCACUGAUCAAGCAAUAAACAAACACAUUUAUAGGCAGCAGAAAGUGUUUUGAUGUGGUUACAAAACUCCUUCUGACACAAUUAUUAUGUUGAACUAAACAUACACCAUCCUUUUUUAAAACCCCUUUCAAUAUUUGAUACACGCAGUAUCCUCUAUUCAUGCACUCAUGUGAGAUUAUGAUUGUCAUCUUCAAUACAUUCGACCAAAAACCUCUCUCAGGACAGUCCAAACAUAGAUUGUGUAUUGUUUUUUAAAAUUCAUUUCGAUUUUAUCACUGAAUUUAUUGUCAACAUGUCUGCCUUCAAAAAGGAAACAUUUAUAACGUUGAAAUUUUCUAACAACCAAUGAUUUCAGCGAGUCAAGCGGAAGAGUCAACUGUUUACCUAAAGCUCCAGUAUUCAGGGGUUUGUAUAUCAGCGAUGUAUAAAAGCUCUUGAUUUAAUGCAAACAAACCAAACUUUUGUAGCUGUUUUAUUUAGGUGGUCCCUCAACUGUGCUCAUUUGUACUGUCCUCAUUGAAAAAUACAAAACACUAAUAAAGUGUUGCUGAAUGAA